AUGGCAAGUGAAGCUCAAUUCGACGCAGCUUUAGAUCUCCUCCGUCGACUGUCACCGCUCUCUGUUUCCAAGAAUCUCGACGCAAUCACUUCCCUUGUUCCCGAUCUCACCGAGGACCUACUCUCAUCAGUCGACCAGCCAUUAACCUCCGCAAGAGACAAGAAGACCGGUCGGGACUAUCUCUUAUGUGACUACAACCGAGAUGGUGACUCCUACCGAAGUCCUUGGAGCAAUGAGUUUGAUCCUCCUCUUGACGAUGCCACCUACCCAAGUGACAGGGUGAGAAAGAUGGAGCUUGAGGCUAACGAGGCAUUCGAAGUGUACAGGCAGAUGUACUAUGAGGGUGGUAUAGGCAGUGUCUACCUGUGGGAUCUAGAUGAUGGCUUCGCUGGAGUUGUGUUACUCAAGAAAAACGUGGGUACAGAGGCAGGCUGGGAUAGUAUCCACGUCUUCGAAGUCGACGAAAGGAGAGGAGGUGCACGAACCUGCCACUAUAAACUGACUAGUACUGUCAUCCUUCAUCUGGGCCGCGAGAGCGAGGCAGUCGGUUCACUUCAUCUAGCUGGGAGUAUGACAAGACAAGUGGAAGCGGAUCUAGUGGCCGAAAAUGUGGGCGGCCUAGGAAAAGACGGAGGUCAUGUUUGCAAUGCUGGCCGGCUGAUCGAGGAUAUGGAGGGCAAGAUGAGGAACUUGUUGCAAGAAGUCUACUUUGGAAAGGCAAAAGACAUUGUCGGUGAUCUGCGAAGUGUUGCUCCAUUGACUGGUGUGAACCGAGAUCGACAAGCACAGAGAGAUGUGAUUCAGAGCAUGGGAGGGAAAUAA